AUGAGACCUCCAAGAUCUGGGCACUGUCGAACCUGUGGGGCCUGUGUCCAACGCCUUGAUCAUCACUGCAUCUGGAUAAACAGCUGUGUGGGACAAGCCAACCAUCGCAGUUUCUUGUUGACCCUCGGCCUGUUUCUGGUGACCUCUGUGUAUGGCAUGAGCCUGGUGCUAUGCAGCAUCUGUCCAGGGCAGUCUGUGCUGACUGCCGCCUUCUACUGCCCAGGAGUCUACUCAAGCUUCAGCACAGCUCUGUGCUUCACCUGUGUGUGGUACAGUGCGAUCAUCACAGCUGGGCUGUUUUACCUGACAGUGGUGCAGCUCCUGAACAUCAGCUUCAAUGUGACAGAGCGUGAGGCCCUGCUCGCCCUGAGGAGCGGAAAAGGUCACUGGCGGCUGUGUGGACUGGUGCUGGUCACUGGAGACCACUCUCUCGGAUUCAUCCACAACUGGCUCCAGUUUCUCACCAUGGCACAGUCCUCCUCUCCGACCACACAGACAGACUUGGUCUAG